UCACCUGUCUAUCAACAUGAAUGUGUUAACUCCUUUGCUGGAAAAAUUUUUCAUAUUUCAUCAAAUUUUUAAUAAAUUUUUUCUCAGAUUCAUAACUGAUUUUGCUUCAUUGUGCUUGCAAAAUAUGGGAGACUCUGGUUUUAAUAAAUUUCAGUUUUCAAUUGAUAGAGGUGGAACAUUCACAGAUGUCUUUGCAAAAUGCCCAAAUGGGAAAACCAGAGUGAUGAAACUGCUGUCUGUGGAUCCAAAUAAUUAUGCAGAUGCUCCAACAGAAGCUAUUAGAAGGAUAUUGGAAGAUGAAACUGGAACAAAAAUGCCACCUAGCAAACCAAUUGAUACAUCGGAGAUUGAUUUUAUACGCAUGGGAACAACUGUAGCUACGAAUGCUUUGCUUGAAAGGAAGGGUGAACGAAUGGCACUGGCUAUAACAAAAGGAUUCAAAGAUUUGCUCUAUAUUGGGAAUCAAUCAAGACCCAAGAUUUUUGAUUUGAAAAUUGAAAUACCUGAUGUUCUUUAUGAAGAAUUAGUUGAAGUUGAUGAAAGGAUAAUACUCCAUCAAAAACAUUGUGAAUUAGGAUUGAAUGAACCAAUUCGCGGUGAACAUACUGAUGAAAAGUUACAUGUUACGCAAGAGGUCGAUGAAGUCACAUUACGCAAAGAUCUUCAAUCUGUAUUAGAUAAAGGAAUUAAAAGUCUUGCAGUAGUCUUGAUGCAUUCAUACUUGUAUCCUAAUCAUGAAAGGAGAGUUGGUGAAAUUGCAAGUGAGAUGGGUUUCACUCAGGUUUCUUUGUCAUCUGUCGUCAUGCCAAUGGUGAAAAUUGUUUCAAGAGGAUUUACAGCUUGUGUUGAUGCUUAUCUCACUCCUUGUAUUAAACAAUAUCUCAAUGGAUUCCAGUCAGGAUUUGAUGAAAAUUUGAAAAAUGUGAAACUGUUAUUCAUGCAAUCAGACGGCGGUCUCACUCCUGUUGACAAAUUUACUGGAAGUAAAGCAAUAUUAUCAGGACCAGCAGGAGGAGUUGUUGGUUAUGCAUUGACAGCUUAUUCUGAUGAAAAUAAGUUACCUGUUAUUGGUUUUGAUAUGGGAGGUACAUCGACUGAUGUUAGUAGAUACGCUGGACAAUAUGAACAUAUUUUUGAAACAACAACUGCUGGAGUUACAAUCCAAGCACCUCAGUUGGACAUCAACACUGUGGCAGCGGGAGGGGGAUCGAUGUUGUUUUUCCGUAGUGGAUUGUUUGUUGUUGGUCCCGAGUCAGCUGGUGCUCAUCCUGGUCCUGCUUGUUACAAGAAAGGCGGUCCCUUGACUGUCACUGAUGCCAAUCUAUGUCUUGGACGACUUUUACCAAGUCAUUUCCCAAAAAUCUUUGGACCAAAGGAGAAUGAAGCACUUGAUAUUGCUGUAACAAGACAAAAAUUUACUGAGAUGACCAAAGAAGUGAAUCAGUUCAUGAAGUCACAAAAUUCAAGCCAUACCCAACUCUCCAUCGAAGAAGUAGCAAUGGGUUUUAUAGAAGUUGCAAACGAAUCUAUGUGUCGACCAAUCAGAGCCCUCACACAGGCGAAGGGACAUGAUACUUCACGUCAUGUACUUGCAUGUUUUGGAGGAGCAGGAGGACAACAUGCCUGUGCCAUUGCAAGAUCUUUGGGAAUGUCCAAAGUUUACAUACACAAAUACUCUGGUAUUUUAUCUGCAUAUGGGAUGGCACUUGCUGACGUAGUACAUGAAGCACAAACUCCUGCUUUAUGUGAAUAUAGCAAAGAAAAUGUAUCGUCCAUUGAUUCCCAACUUGAAAGUUUGAUUAAACAAUGUACAGAAGAAUUAUUAAGUCAAGGAUUUAAGAAAGAUCAGAUCAAUUGUGAACCUUUUCUAAACCUAAAAUACGACGGUACUGACUGUGCAUUGAUGUGUUCACCCCAUGGUACAAUGAUGAAGAGAAACACUUCAACUCAUGGAGAUUUUCUUUCUACUUUUACUUCAAGGUACAAAACAGAAUUUGGUUUUAUAAUCCCUGGUAGAAAAGUAAUGGUGGAAGACAUCAGAGUACGAGGUACUGCUAAUUAUGGAGUUGGUGAUGAGAAUAAAAAAGAAAAAAGUGGAAAACCACCAAGAAUCGAAACGACAACAAAUUGUUAUUUUGCUGGUGGAAGUAAAGACACAAAAGUGUAUUUACUUGAAGAUCUAUAUUCUGAUCACACAAUCACGGGACCAGCGAUAAUCAUUGAUAAGAAUAGUACAAUAUUAGUUGAACCUGACUGUACUGCGGUUAUCACAGAUGAAGGUGAUAUUUGCAUUACCAUUGGCGAUGGGAUUCACAAGAAAGUUGACACUGAACUGGAUUCAAUCCAACUCUCAAUAUUUUCACACAGAUUCAUGAGCAUUGCUGAACAAAUGGGAAGAAUCUUGCAAAGAACUUCCAUAUCCACAAAUAUAAAGGAACGUCUUGAUUUCUCUUGUGCAUUAUUUGAUCCUGAUGGUGGACUUGUAUCUAAUGCUCCUCAUAUUCCUGUUCAUCUGGGUGCCAUGCAAGAAGCAGUUCAAUACCAGAUGAGGGCUCUUGGAGACGAUUUGAAAGAAGGAGAUCAUAUUCUAUCAAACCAUCCUUGUGCUGGAGGAAGUCAUUUGCCUGAUCUUACUGUCAUUACACCGGUAUUUCAUCCGAGCAAAUCAAAACCUAUAUUUUUUGUUGCAAAUCGAGGACAUCAUGCUGAUAUCGGUGGUUUAGUUCCAGGUUCAAUGCCUCCUAAUUCCAAAUCAAUCCAUGAAGAGGGUGCCGUAUUUAUUUCUUUUAAACUUGUAAAAGAUGGAAUUUUUCAGGAGAAACAGGUGUCAAAAGUUCUAAAGACUCCAGUAAAAAAAAUUCCUGGCUGCAGUGGAACUAGGAAUCUUCAUGAUAAUCUAGCUGAUUUAAGAGCGCAAGUUGCAGCCAAUCAGAGAGGUAUAAAGUUAGUCACAGAACUGAUAGAUUACUACGGAUUAGAAGUUGUUCAGGCAUAUAUGAAACAUAUACAAGAAAAUGCUGAAGUUGCUGUUCGAGAUAUGUUGAAAGAUAUUGCACAAAAAAAUAAAGAAAAAUACAAUUCAUCUACUGGUUUAACAACAUUGGAAUCAGAAGAUUUCUUGGACGAUGGUUCUUGUAUAAAACUUAAGAUUGAAUUGGAUGGAGGAAAGGGUACUGCACUCAUUGAUUUCACAGGAACAGGCUCUAUGGUACAUGGUAAUUUGAAUGCGCCACGAGCUGUAACACUAUCAGCUCUGAUAUAUUGCUUGAGAUGCAUGGUUGGAUAUGACGUUCCAUUGAAUCAGGGUUGUCUUGCUCCUGUUAAAGUUAACAUUCCCAAAUGGAGUCUUCUUGAUCCAAUUGAAGACGCAGCUGUGAUUGGUGGAAAUACUUUGACGUCACAAAGGAUAACCGAUGUUGUGUUCAGAGCAUUCCAGACUUGUGCUGCUUCGCAGGGUUGUAUGAACAAUGUAACAUUUGGGGAUGCAAAAGUUGGAUAUUACGAAACAAUAGCAGGAGGAGCUGGUGCUGGACCAACAUGGCAUGGGCGGAGUGGAGUUCACACUCACAUGACAAAUACAAGAAUAACAGAUCCUGAAAUCCUGGAAAGAAGAUAUGCAGUUAUUCUUCAACGCUUUCAUCUGAACCCUAGUACCGGAGGUCAUGGUCGUUACAAAGGCGGAGAUGGAGUUAGGAGAGAAAUAUUAUUUCGCAAAGAUCUUGUGCUUUCUGUCUUGUGUGAGAGGAGAGUGUUCUCACCUUAUGGAAUGGCAGGUGGUCAACCUGGAGCAAAAGGACAGAAUCUAUUGAUACGUCACAAUGGUCCCAUGAUCAACUUGGGUGGAAAGAACACACUGGAUGUUCAUGCAGGGGAUGUUUUCCGCCUUUUAUCACCUGGUGGGGGAGGUUAUGGAACUGCAGAAGAUGAAAAUAGUGAACCUAGUGAAGCAAAACGCAGAAAACUUGAAAAUGAUGGAAAUUCAACAAAUCAUGAAUUUGUACCACGUGGAAGUAUCUAUGAAUACCAGCAAACUCAACAAGCACAUUAGGUUUUUAAUCUAGAUUAAAUUGUUUUACACAUACAUGGUGAUCCAAACAAAGCGGAAACCAUAAAUUUUUAAUUACUUCUGCAGAAAUUAGGAUAAUUUAUUUAACAUUCGAACUUCUAUUUGUGUAUGAUUGUACCCAAAAGUUUCCGUAAUCCAAGACGUUAUGCACAAACGUUAUGUUCUCUCUAGAUUAAUAUAUUCGAAAUGACAUGGGUAUGUUUUUCGUGGUUCGCCAAUAUAAGUUUUAUGCUCUCAGUGUUUGAGUUAUACUAUACUACUUCUAGAAUUCUAUAAUCUUGGAAAAACAUUUUCUUAGAUUGUGAGAUUAAAAAAUUUGAUACUCUUAUGUAAUCAUGCUUUACCAGAAUUAUCAUUUUUUAGGUAAUUCUUGCAUUUAUUUCAUUUUACUAGUGAAAUUUAAUUUAUGUUUACAUGAUAUAUUAUGACAAAGCUAUAACUAAUUGUAGGCAAAAUAGUACAUUCAUAUCAUUUAUACGGUGUUAGUGGUGCCUAUUCGUCAUCAAAACCAAUUAUUUAACCAAUUUAAUAGGAGGAUAUAUAAAUAAAAGGAACGAAACAAAUCACGAAACGGGUAUCGGCCUGUUGCAGUUAACGAGGGGGUCGCGAAAGACUCCAAGAGCCGUCUAGUCAACGAUAUCUUAUAGCUAAACUGAAGCUAGAAAAAUAGCAACGGGACAAUUCAAUAUUAAACAUUAACCUAAAUUAAACAACACAAUCAUAUAAAAAAAAAAAUUUAUUGUGUUCAAAUUAUAUAUGUGUAGUUUAGCAAUUGUGAUGAUGAUUGAAAACUGUUCUCCGUUCAUUUUAUAUUAUUCAAUCUCAUGCAAAGUUGCUCUGGAACAUCAUACUUAGAAAUAAAAAAGCAACUUCCGAUAUCUCAUUUUUAAUGCAAAAAAUAUACAGGGUGUUAAAAAAGUUACGCAAAAUUAACAGAAGUUGAGAUAAAAAGCCACUUAAAAUAUUUAAUGACUAACACCUUUUCUCAGUAUUAAAUUACGGUGAACUGCCAUUUAAACAUUUCACGACUGCUGUUUUUUGACAGUUACUUUUUUAACCUUGCAAAAACGAAAAAUUUUACCUUAAUUUUGCGUAACUUUUUUAACAAUUUGUAGUUUAAUUCUUGUAAUUUGUAGUUUUUGUAAGUAUUAAUGUAGACGAAAACUUGUUAUUGCAUCGACGACUGCUAUCGAAUGACAGCCCAACAAGCCCUCUGAGGAUUCAGAAGCCUUUCAGAUUACGAUUUUAUUCAUAUAUACAUUGCAACUCCAAACACACAUAAUUUUUUUUGACUCCGUUUCAGUUCUAUUUACAGGGUUUACUACACGUAUAGUGUAAUAAUGAAAUAUCCUAGAUCUAGUACUAGUUAGAUUUUUUUUAAAUAUUUAGAAGCCAAACUUGUUUCAUGUAUAUGUUUCAAUAUGUUCAUGAUUCCAAUGGUGGUACUGAUAGCAACGAAAUUCGGAUUGUACAGGUUUUCAUCCUUCUGGCCUAAAUUCUUAUUAAUUUAUAUCAUGAAUGUUUCAUUUAAUUAUUUAUGCAAUUGAUGGUAUAUUCAUUCUAGAAAAGUUCAUCGUUCUAUCCACAUUUGCCAAAUAAAUACUGAAAUGAA